CUGGCGCCGCCUAUACCCCCAAUGGAAGCUCCUAUUACUUCCUCUCUUUGUGGCGUCUGCCGAGGUCUUCCCAUUGGGAUAUCCCCCGUUCAUUCUCCGACCAAAAUUUCCUGCAGCCAAGAUCGAAGAGCAAUUCGCACUCGUCGACUCUCCCCCGUCAAAGCAGCCAGGGACCGAGACAUGUCGGGCCACAUCAGCCGAAGGACCGGGGAAGCCCGUCGUUCGUUCAUUCGUUGAUUUCCAAUUCCCAUCUACAGCCUUUCAUACGAGCUUCGGAGAGAGAGAGAGAGGGAGAGGAUGUGUAUAGCUGCAUGGGUUUGGCAGGCGCACCCUGUUUACCAGCUUCUUCUGCUAUCCAACAGAGAUGAAUACCAUGACAGGCCUGCAAAGCCAUUAGGAUGGUGGGAGGAGGGUAAUAAGAAGAUAUUGGGAGGAAGAGAUGAGCUGGCCGGAGGUACAUGGCUGGGAUGCACAGAGGAUGGGAGGCUGGCUUUUCUGACUAAUAUAAGGGAGCCAGACCGGCUCCCCAGUGCAAGGACCAGAGGAGACUUGCCGCUUAGGUUCUUGAAGGGAACACAGAGCCCUUUGGAAUGUGCAGAGGAAAUAAUUAAGGAAGCAGACCAGUACAAUGGAUUUAAUCUGAUAUUGACUGAUCUUUGCUCGAAAGUCAUGGUUUACAUCUCCAACAGGCCAAAGGGAGAACCUAUUUCUGUUCAAACAGUUCCUUGUGGUCUUCACGUGAUUUCAAAUGGAAAGUUGGAUGCUCCUUGGCCCAAGGCCCAGCGCUUGGGUAAGAAUUUCAAUGAACUUCUAAGGGGACAUGGCAAGAAGGACAUCUUUUUGAAAGGAAUGGUUGAAGAACUGAUGGGAGACAAUGUGAAAGCUAGUCGUGAUGAGCUGCCGGACACUGGUUGCGACCCCGAGUGGGAAUUUGAGUUAAGUUCUAUCUUUAUCGAUGCUGACAGUAAAUUGGGACGCUAUGGAACUAGAAGCAUGGCUGCUAUAUCAGUUAAAACAAAUGGCGAUUCAAUCUUCUAUGAGAAGCACCUAGAGAGCAGCUUGUGGAAGGAGAACAUUGUGAAAUUCCAUGUCUAAAAGUCGCAAAACAUCUAAAGGAUAACAUAUAUUUGUGAGGCAACCCUAGCACUGUCAUUUUCCUCCAGUCUAAUCAAAUUUCCGGAGCACAAAUGCUGCAUCAUUUUUUUCCUUGCAACUGUUCCCUUAAUGUGAAUAAAGUUGAUGUGUUAUCGAAAACUAUAAUAAUCAUAAUUGGUUACACACUGUAGCAUAUACAUGUCCUUCCUCUAAUUUGAUGGUCAAUUUGAGACAA